UUUGAUCACCCAGGUAACUUUUAUUGGAGGCUCGAAGUACGGCGCCGGGAGUGUUACGAGAGAAAGCGAAGGGAUCGUCACAAAAAGCGCUGAUAAGAACUGAGGCCGCCUGUCCCUACGGGGAACAGGGAUUAGAUGGAAACGGUCUACAUGCUGCGACAAGCAAAGUGACGUACCCGCUGAAGCAAAGUCCUAAGGCGGGAGAUUACCAUUGAAUCGGUGGGCUGCAUAAGCAUCUGCUGGGGGCAUUUAGGGGCACGAACAUCUUCAGGUUAUCAAAUCUGAGAGUUUCUGACUUCGUUUAUAAGUAAUUCAGAUUCGGAAAUCAUCGUAUCAACUGUGAUAUGGUGGAAGCCGAUACAUUCACUAUCCAGACAUAUCAAUAUCGUAUAUCCAUUAAGAACCAUCCCAUUGGAAGGGAAUAAGCCGUAAUAUUACUUCUUGUUUUUAUCUUGUCUUGGCGAUGACAGCGCAGAAGCGCCAAGUGGGUGAAUCCUGAGAAGCGUCGACCCACAGCGGGCGGUAGUAGAUCAAUUUAUUCAAAAGCUCUCCCCAAUUCGCUGUAUCUCGUCUCUUUCAAUCCUGUGUGCUUUGGAGGAUGGUGAAUUGAUAUUCUAGCUGGAACCUAACAUUCUUUUCAUUUUAAUUCUCGCUCUUUGGUUGUUUUCUAGUUCUCCUGCAGUUCUUUUCACGAUACCGAGUUGAAGGCGGUUUGAGAAUUCCGCAAUGGCGACGCUUAACAAUAGCGUCCCCGGGGAUCACGAAAGGCCCACGCGACCAUCUCACGCCAGCGAACGCGAACCAGCACUUCCUAAAACUCGACAGGAGAUUGUUCACGGCACCGGUGCCGGGAGAAGAGGACUUAUACGAGUGAAAUCGGCCGGAGAAUCUGGACGAAGCGGAUUUCACCCCAUUCAAUUCUUAGCUAUCAUCUGGCGUUCAAGCAGUCGAGUAUCGAAAGCCGUCAAUAUCCUCUGGCCAUUCGUACCCGUCGCCAUUGCUCUCCACUAUAUUUAUGAACAUGAACAUCCGGUCCUCAAGUUUAGUUUCGCAUACGUCGCCAUGGUACCCUGUGCAAACCUCAUUGGUUUUGCAGGUCAAGAAUUAGCAAGGAAGAUGCCUCACAUGCUUGGUGUUCUGACAGAGACUACCAUCGCGUCGAUUGUCGAGAUUAUUUUAUUUAUGAUUCUGCUCCGGCAAAACCAAUACUAUGUCGUCCAGGCCGCGAUCCUCGGUUCUAUCUUGGCUAAUAUGUUACUAUGCUUGGGACUUUGUUUCUUUGCAGCUGGGCUACGGCGAGAAGAAGCCACUUUCCACGGGGCCGUCAGCGAAGUUGGUUCGAAUCUCCUGCUGAUAGCCGGACUCGGCCUGGCGAUUCCUACGGUCUUCGAACGCUCAGUCGUAAGCUCAGGAUUCAAUCUUACUACAGAAGAAAUUGAGUCUAGAGUGCUGACUAUAUCUCGCAUCAUCGCAAUUCUUCUGCUCAUCGCCUACGGUGUCUUUCUUUUCUUCCAGAUGCAUACGCAUCACGGUAUUUACGACGCUGUCUUCGAGCACGACGAAAAACGAGAUGCCGAUGGCCACAAAGAUCGAGCGAAGGCCAAGUUGACACUGACGGAGUGUAUCAUCGCACUGGCCGCAUCUGUUACUCUUGUUACUUUCUGUGCUAUUGCAUUGGUUUGGGAAAUUACGCCUAUAGUGGAGCAACACCACGUUUCCGAUCCUUUCAUGGGUUUGAUUUUGGUUCCUCUGGUUGAGAAGGCAGCCGAACACCUGACGGCUAUUGACGAAGCCUGGGAUAACCAGAUCAACUUUGCUUUAUCUCACUGCAUCGGCGCCACCAUCCAAACUGCUAUGCUCAAUGCACCAUUGGUGAUCCUUGUGGGAUGGGGUUACCACUAUCCGAUGGAUCUAAACUUUGAGAUCUUCGACAUCGUCAUGUUGAUCCUCUCUAUCAUCACAGUCGGCAACUUCCUCAGGGACCAGAAGAGUGACUACUUGGAAGGUUUUCUGUGCGUCAUCGUUUAUAUCGCUAUCGCUGUCGCAGCUUUCUAUUUCCCAAACCCACACGAGGCUGCUGGCCACGGAGAGACCACCGAAGCAGCUGGUGAGGCGGUUAGCCAUGCUGUAAGGCAGCUGGGAUUACCGUAAUUCAUUCAUAAGCAGAACUUUUAGCAAGCUUGGCGUUGAAAAAGGACAGUAUUGACUGGGGUAAAUGCAUUUCCACGCUAUCUAGUGGACCCGGAGUUCCUCGAUAUCUAUUACUAUAUUCAUUGCAUUGUUAGUUAGGUUUUGAUACGAAUUUACCCCUAGCAUAUUCGUACUCUCGAGCCUUAGUCGCUUAGAACAUGGAUAUUUAUGUGAAUUAUGUAUAGGUAGGUAUCUAGGAACUGUAGAAUUUACCUUUAUUAUCCUGGGAAAAUAACCUUUACCUGUCUUGGAGUUUGUCGCUUCUAGUUUC